GCAAAAAGAAGAGAGAGUGACUUUCGGCAUUUCUUUCUGUUUCUUUUCUGUUACUACCACAAUCGGAGACAUGACAGAAGAAAACUUGCCAAGAAUCAGAGACGUUCCCGUGGAAAACAGGGGUGAUGCCUUCUUGAAUAAGCUGCGCCGCUGUUUGGAAAUUGUGGAUUUCAAGCGCUUCAUAGAGCACUUCAAGGUCAAGCAGUCCCUUUUCGAUGUCAGACAGAGCGGAGUUGCCUCUGCAGAAAUACUUGAUAUGAUCGAAACAAUAUUUGAAAGGGAUGAUAUACUUAAAGAGUUGAGCGAUUAUGUUCCUACUCUUGAAUCUCUCUCGGAAGAUGCAGUCUGCAUAAUCAGGAAAAUUCUCCGUGCAAACAUUUUCAGGCCGUUUCCCUCUCCCACAGCUGUUGUUUCUGAAGAAGAGAAUGAAAGUAGCAUGGAGUUCUAUGGUCCUGGGGACAAAAGGCCACUGGUUGAAGGGUCCUGGGUCCAUCUGCAAUGCAUUUAUGAAUUCUUCCAAAAAAUUGUUGAUGCUGGGUUGCUGCGUGAUGACCAUAUUGACGAUUCGUUUAUUACUUGGUUUUUUAAUACUGCAGUGGAAGCAGAUGAUUCCAGAGAAGCCUGUUUUGUGGCAGAUCUUUUGCCAUCUUUCUGGGCAAAAUUCCCUCAGAAACAGCUAGCAAUUUGGAGAACCGUGCGUAGCAAUCUGUCUCGUUUUGUCUGCCCCGAUAGGCAGAGCUAUAUACCAAGUGCGGUAAGCAGUCUGUUGCGGUUUGUUAGUGAUCGGAUUCCUGAGUGGUCGGUGCCACUGCAAGAAGAGCACACGCACUUUCUCCGGCUGGUUUUGAUACCCAUGCACAAGAUCAAGUCUUACCCUUACUUUUCUCACUGGUUACAAAUGUGUUUGGUAAGGUUCAUGGAGAAAGAUAGUUCUCUGGUCAAUUUGAUUUUCGAGGGUAUUUUGAGUGGUGAUCCAACACCCUCCACUUCUGAGUCGUGUCUGUUGGAUGAACUCAAAUACCUGAUGAAGUUUAGUACCAUUAAAGAAAUUAACCAACCCAAUGCUCAGCUUCUGUUUAGACGCACCGCAAAUGGCUUAAGAGGUUCUGACGUAAAAGUGGCUAAAAAAGCACUUGAUAUAGCUUCCUUCAAUAGAUUUCUUGAACUUGCUAAGUUGCACAAGGAGGCUUCAAUUCCUGUCAUGAUAUUGGCGCUGCAAAAUGCAGUAAACUACAGCAGGAACAGUUCUGUUCCAAUUAUUGCAAAGCACAUUCUCAAAAAGUUAUAUGAUGUUGAGAAGGAUGUGUCCUGGAAGUUAGAGGAUGAAGAGAAGAAGACCAAGAGAACAAGAAUAUGAUGACACAAACUUCUUUUGUGAUAGGCAAAGAGUUCAAUGGAUGGUAAAAAAAAAAAAAAAGCCAGUCAAAUCAACCCAUUAAAUUGAAAACAUUAGGAAAAUGGGUUUUCACAAUACAAUACAUUAGAAUUGGGGCGAUCCCUUCCCUGGUUGAAUUCAGGAGCAGCAAAAUGGGGUCAGAGAAGAAGGAUUAGAGGAAAGAUCCAACAUUUCCGUGUACCCAGAUCAAAUUAUCAGACAAUAAUUGUUCAAUUUACAAAAAUAAUAGAGAAUUUUGAACAUAACCACCUGAGCUGCGAAUUUUUGAAUCUCCAAAAUCGACCAGAAUUUAGACAAGAUGAACGACAAUU